AUGUGGUUAGGGUUUAGGGUUUAGACUUGUGAGGAGAGAGAGAGAGGGCCAGCCUACUUAAAUGACUGAGUGACGCUCUAAAGCAAGGACACUCUCUGCUUGCUUGCUGUUUAACUUCCCCAAUCACAGACCAGUUGGAGCACCACCAUCCCUUCCUCCUCUCAGGCACAAGGCCUUCUCCUCUUUCCUUUUUUAUCCUUUCUUUUCCAGUAUAAGGUAGAGAGAGAAUUCCCUUUUUGCUGCAGCACAUAUCUUCCCUUCUCAACCCUUGCUCCUCCCCUUCUGUUUUCCUUUCUUUUUUCAUCGUUUCCAGUAGGAGACCGUACAACACAAGUUUUAGCAGAGUUUUAUGUGUAGGCAUAUGUAAACAAGCGCCAAAAGGAAGUCAAUUCAUGAGAAUUUCUCACACUUGUGCUCUCUGAUUCCCCAAGGCAAAAUAAUGGUGGGCUUUGCGUCAGGAAUUUCAUCUCCCACUCCUUUGUGGUUGGACGCCCUUCUCUCCGAGAAAUUCUUCAUCCCUUGCCUUCUUCAUGAGACUGCUAAGAAGAAUGAGAAGAACAUCUUCUGCUUGGAUUGCUGCUGCAGCAUCUGCCCUCAUUGUAUUCCUCUUCACCGAUGCCAUCGCCUCCUUCAGGUUCGGAGAUACGUUUAUCAUGACGUGAUUCGAUUAGACGAUUUGGAGAAGCUCAUCGAUUGCGCUUAUGUUCAGGCAUACACCACCAAUAGCGCAAAAGUGGUGUUUUUGACUCAGAGACCUCAAUCUCGGCCGUUCAGAGGAUCCGGUAACAUCUGUAGUACGUGUGAUCGGAGCCUCCAAGAGCCAUUCCUCUUUUGCUCUCUAGCAUGCAAGGUGCAGCAUCUACUAAGGAGUGAGGGCUCCCUAUCGAAGUAUCUCUACGACUGCAACUUCCUGCCCUUGCAGGAAGGAUUCAGGGGAGAAGGGGACGACCUCGAGGACGGGCAAAUGACGCCGGAUUCUGUCCUGGACACGUCGGUUUCCUUGCAGAUGCCGCCUGCCUUCGCCUGCUCGGAGCCAGAGCUUGUGAGGAGGAAGAGGAGCAGUAUCUCCGUCCCACGGCCGUUCCGGACGUGCACCCCUCCGACAGAGAUGGUCGCUUCCAUGAUUAAUAAUCGCAGGAAGGGCGUCCCUCAGAGAUCCCCAUUCUACUGACUCUCUCUCUCUCUCUCUCUCUCUCGCUCGCUAGCUCUAUUUGUUUUGCCUGGUUCGCCUGAAGCUUUGAGCUCUGUUUGGAUUCAUUAUUUUGGCGGGCCUCCUCACUUUUCUCAGAAUCUUUGCGGCGUAUAUGUUUUUCGUUCUCUUUUUUACUGUUUUACUGUGGAAAUGUAAGUGUAAAAGGGUGUGAACAUGGCGGUGGCGAUAGGAGGGUCUUGUGGAUGAUGAUAAUGAUCGAGACCACCGCCAAUUUUGUAGAGAAGCAUUGUAAUUUUCUGGCGGUUUAACUUUUACUAGUAAUCACAUUAACUUGUGCCUC